CUGCGGUGAGGCAUGGCACACUUCUGGUGCCAUGGUUUGUUGGGUGGCUUUCUGGUGGUGGCAGUGGGGUUGUAGGUCCCUGGGGUGCAUGGCACGAUGGGGUUCCCCACUCAGGGUCAGUGAUGAAGGCCACGGGGCUCAGCUGCCCACAGUGGUGUCACUCCCUGCUGUCCAUGGUGGCUUUCAGCUUGGCUCGGUGCUGCUCCUGAGGCUGGAAAACAGCGGCGAGGGAAGCGAGGAGGAGGAAGAGGAGGACAGGGUCUCUGCUGCUCCGUUAGAGCCUGGGGAGGCAGGUGGGUCCUUGGGGCCGUGGCGGGCAGGAAGGUCCCUGGUGCUGGAUCGGGCAUGGUGGGCCCUGGUGGAGCAGAGCUGUGGUGCCAGGGCAGUGGCGGAGCUGCAGCGGCUGCGUGAGGCCAGCGAGGCCACGCUGGGCAGGCUGGAGGCACUGGAGGCCGAUGUCCGCUUCCUCUGCACUGAGCUGGGUGCUGAGAAACUGCUGUGGAGCAGCCGGUUCCUGGAGCUGCUGCGGGAGCAGCAAGGCCUACGGCAGCGGCUGCAGGAGCGCCCACUGCAAUGGGACGGUGGGGACAGCCCCGAGGUAACUGGAGACGUGAAGGAGCCAAACGCCAGCGGGAGCGAGGGAGAGGGCCCAGCAGGGCAGGUCCUCACCAUUCCCACAUCCACAGCCACCUGCUGAAUGCAGCAUGGAUAGGUGCUCCCCAGGGACCCCAGCUCGGAGCAUCUCCCUUAUCUGUUGCAACUCACUGGAAGUAUCCAGGAACAAGGAGACCAAUCUCCAAAAGCCCCCACCGGCGCCUUUCACAAGCUGAAGAUGCUGGAGCAAGAGAGGGAUUGCAAAAGCCAAGCACUGCCCCGUUCACUUCCUCCUUGGACAAAUACAUCGGCUCCGGCAGCGUCCCCCACACAUGUUGCAACCCAGACGGGGCCCUGCUGAAAGGGACCCAGCACCCAGGGAGGGGCCGAGGGGCUCAGCCCAGGGG